UUUCAGCGUUAGCUCCACGCUUGUCUUUGACACUUUGUAUCCGCCGCAGCUGCUGUGAUUCCCCGCAGACACGAAGCAGCCGAGCCGCUGAUCCCGACCCGACACCAGCCCCCUCAGCUCCCCGCCGGUGCAUCCCGUCCGCCCCCACCCAGACAGCAAGCCGCCCAGCAGCCGCUCCACCCGGCGAAGAUGUCCAAAGACGCGGAGGGAAAGAGCGAGAGGAUCAUGGAGGUGGAGGGCAAGGUGCUGUGGUACCCGGACUCCAAGAGGAACACGCAGAUGGACACGUUCAGGACGCAGGUCAACGGGAACUACGGGCUUAAUCUGGCUAACUACAGUGACCUGUACCAGUGGUCGGUGGACAGCUACCCAGAGUUCUGGGCGGAGGUGUGGCGCUUCUGUGGAGUCGUCAGCUCCAAACCGUACGAGGAGGUGGUGGACGUAUCCAAGCGGAUCUCAGAUGUUCCAGAGUGGUUUAAAGGGGCUCGUCUCAACUACGCUGAGAACCUGCUCAAACAUGCAGACCAGGACAAAGUGGCUCUCUACGCUGCAAGGGAGUCAAAUGACGAGAUCGUGAAGGUGACGUUUGGGGAGCUGAGGCGUGACGUGGCAGUGUUUGCUGCAGCCAUGAGGAAGAUGGGCGUCCAGCCUGGAGACAGGGUUGUAGGCUACCUACCCAAUGGUGUCCAUGCAGUGGAGGCCAUGUUGGCUGCCGCCAGCAUCGGAGCCGUUUGGAGCUCCACGUCUGUGGACUUUGGAGUCAAUGGUGUCCUUGACAGGUUUUCUCAAAUCCAGCCCAAACUCAUCUUCUCCGUGUCCGCCGUGGUUUACAACGGCAAAACACACGACCACAUGGAAAAGCUGAUCAGUGUCGUCAAAGGUUUGCCUGACCUGAAGAAAGUGGUUGUAAUCCCCUAUGCUCGCUCCAAACACGAGACUGACCUCUCCAAGAUCUCCAACAGUGUUUUUAUAGACGAUUUCUUGGCGUCCGGACGAGGUGACGGCGACCAGUUUCCUCAGCUGGAGUUUGAGCAGCUUCCGUUCAAUCAUCCUCUGUACAUCAUGUACUCGUCUGGAACCACAGGGGCUCCUAAAUGCAUGGUGCAUUCUGCUGGGGGCACGCUCAUCCAACACUUGAAGGAACACAUCAUCCACGGCAAUAUGACCAGCAGUGAUGUCAUCAUUUACUACACUACGACUGGCUGGAUGAUGUGGAACUGGCUGGUGUCGGCUCUGGCAAUGGGAGCCUCAGUGGUUUUGUACGACGGUUCACCACUGAUGCCCACACCUGAUGUACUGUGGAACCUGACGGACCAGCUGGGCAUCACCAUCUUUGGCACCGGGGCCAAGUGGCUGUCUGUGCUGCAGGAGAAGAACCUGAAACCCGCGGAAACACACAACCUCCAGUCACUCCACACCAUCCUGUCGACCGGAUCUCCUCUCAAACCUCAGAGCUACGACUACGUCUACCGCUGCAUCAAGAGCAACGUGCUGCUGGGCUCCAUCUCAGGCGGCACUGACAUAGUGUCAUGUUUCAUGGGUCAGAACCCAACAGUUCCAGUGUAUCGGGGCGAGAUCCAAGCACGAAACCUCGGCAUGCCGGUGGAAGCCUGGAGCCUUGAUGGUAAGCCUGUAUGGGGAGAAAGCGGGGAGCUUGUCUGCCUGAAGCCGAUCCCCUGUCAGCCAACACACUUCUGGAAUGACGAGAAUGGGAGCAAGUACCACAAAGCAUACUUUUCUUCGUACCCUGGUGUAUGGGCUCAUGGAGAUUACUGUAAGAUCAACCCAAAGACAGGAGGUGUCGUCAUGCUGGGCAGAAGCGACGGAACGCUGAACCCCAACGGAGUCCGAUUUGGCAGCUCGGAGCUCUACAACAUCGUGGAAGCUUUUGAGGAAGUGUCAGACAGUCUGUGCGUUCCUCAGUACAGCGCAGAUGGAGAAGAGCGGGUUAUUUUGUUCUUGAAGAUGGCUCCUGGAAAGCCCUUCUGUCCGGAGUUGGCGGCGAGGAUUAGGGGAGCCAUCAGAAAAGCUUUGUCUGCCCGACACGUCCCUGCGCUGCUGCUGGAGACCCGAGACAUUCCUUACACCAUCAGCGGGAAAAAGGUGGAGGUGGCUGUGAAGCAGGUGAUCGCCGGCCGGGAGGUGGCGCAGAGAGGGGCGUUCUCCAACCCUGCUUCACUUGACCUUUACAAGAACAUUCCUGAGCUGCAAAACUUCUAGAGCCAAGAGAACGACCUACGGAGAAGAACCACCUGACGAGACUUCAGCUUAGUUUUUAAAUUAUCUAUUCGAAUCGAAUCGUACAAUUCGUACAGGGAGACGUGCAAAGUGCAGUGAAAGGGUAGUUUACAAAGGAGCCCUGAGCAUUUGUACAGGGAACUAAAACAAAAAAAAAAAUGUAUGUCAAAGUGAUUUGGUACAAAUAAUUUGUAAAUAUAAUAAUAAUACGUUUGUAGUAUCAGGCCGACGAGAGACUAAAACCAUGAGGUGCACUGCUACAAUCACAGGAUCAAACAGCCGCUCCUUGUCUGUUGUGCAGUUAAAUGUUGUCGUGGAUUCAGCUUUUGGUUUUAAUAUAACGUAACUUAGCAGCACUUGUGAAAAAGCUCAAGCUCUGAAGCCACAGACGAUGGAGUCGUGAAAUUCAGCUCUAAGCGCUUUGCUUCGGCUCCACUCUCUGAUUGUUGUCAGCCAGUGAUGAACCUCAGAAUAUCUCUGUGUCGCCUGCUUUGACCUCGGUGAUGGUUACUGAGUGGGUCCCAGGCAUCUCCGCUCUGCAGACAACUACUGGGAUCACCAUCUCAUCGUUAUGUGUUUCUUUAUUACAUGUAUAUAUGAAUAUGAAUAUAUAUUUUUGGGACUGUGAAACAUGACAAAUAUGCAUUUAAAGAUGGUGACCUAAAACUGUUAGUUAUUCACAGGUUCGAGUCCUAACAUGCCACAAGAUACAGAGUGUCCCAAUUCAGGGGCCGCCCCCUGCCGAGGAUGCGGUGUACGCAGCCCAUGCAGGAGGCGGCCUCCCCGGGCUGUGCAGACUGCGAAGGUCAGACUGAAAGGAAACGGUGUCGCCUACGGAGGGUUUCCGUAAUUUGCGUUAACGCCUUAUCCCGCCUUUAUCGCUGUCGCCAAUGCCGCGUAGUCCGCGAAGGUCAAACCGUAAUAUAAUGAUCUGGUCUACGGAUGAUUUCCGUAAUUGUCAGAUUAUCUUGUCCCGCCCGACGAGAGUUUCAAUGCCCCUUGUUUUUUUUAGCAUGUGCACCGUUAACUGUUUAGUUAUAUUGGAGCCUGGUAAUUACAAGUGUAAGCGUCACCAUUAUCUUAUUGAAAAAAAGUUCAUCUCAAAAGUGCAAAGAAUCGAGGGAUAGGUUGGUGUCAUCCACCAAUUAGAGCCUUCUUUGCUUGG